AUGAUGCAAAAGAGAAGACAAGAGAUGGCUUUAAAUCCAGUAGCAGUUGAUAAACUUCUUAGAUUGUUGCCGUUUAUCUUCUUACAACUCUUUCUCGAGUCUUCGUUGGCUGUUCGUUUAAGCUACAAAUUAACAGAACAAAAAAAAUUAUUUUGUGGCUACAACCAGGUGGCAAGAAGUUUAUUAAAACCAAUUGAAGAUGAAAUUAUUUCAUUUAACUUCUACUUUCAAGCAUUCUAG